AUGGCAUUGUGCUUAGGNAUUCGCAAACUCGCCCAACCGCUGCCUGCACAUGUUAACAAGAACAAUGCGCAAUACUACGACAUCAUCAAGGAUCGCUACAACACAGUCUCCGCCGACCUUCAAGGAUUGAAUGCUUGGAGAUAUGCUCGCAAUAUUACUGGUGGCAACCAAGAGUACAUGGAGGCUGCUAUCUUCCAGCACUAUCUGACAACUGGAACACUGCUCACAUAUGAAGAGUCGGUAGAGCAAUUGCGCACUUUGGGUGGCGAGGGUGGUCCGGUACAACUCACAGUCGAGGAUUAUCUGCUCGGUGUAUUCGAUAUGACGGGUGAGCUGAUGCGUUUCUCCAUCACCACCAUGGCUACCGAUGGCAAGCUGCCUUCAGUCGAAUCGAAUGACGACACUGCAUCGGCGGAUAAGAUGGAUGUGGACACACAACCUGGCACCCGCAGGGACGUUCUCACAGAUCUCCGUGCGCUGCGUUCAGAGCUGGAAGGCUUGAAUGUUGGCUUCGGAAGCUCGUUCGCCCGUGAUGUGGACAAGAAGAUGGAUGUCAUGCAGACGAGCGUCGAAAAGGUGGAAAAGGUUCUGUACGGCCUCGUCAUUCGAGGCAGGGAAAGACCGAAGGGUUGGAUGCCCGACCUCGAUUCUGGCCCACGCAGAGACGUCGAAGUCGAUGCUUAA